UUUAACAAUCAGUUUCAUUUAGUUUGUUGCGUCUUACCCUAACAAAUACUUUGCAUACCACGGGAAUCAGCUGAACCUGUUUAGAGAGACUGCAGAGGACAGAGGGGGGAGGAGGAGGAAGUGCGGCGCUGUUGAACCCGAGAGGAGGCUGAGCUAGCCGUCACUUAAAAACAAUAUGACACGAAUGCUGCUAAAGCUAAAGGAUCUUCAGCUAUGCUCGUGGUUUUAUGACGCUGCUCCACGUUUCUUGGGGAGAGAAUUGCACGUUCAAAUGAUGACUAAAAAUAAAGAAGUCACAGAUGCUUCUGCAGUUUCUCCAUCAAAGAAGGCAAGGAUAGAAAUAAACCCUGCAGAAGAAAGACCUGUCCUCCGGUUUGCGAAGCUUUCCGAGCAUGCUACGACUCCAACCAGAGGUUCAGCCAAAGCAGCAGGUUAUGACCUCUACAGUGCAUAUGAUUACUCCAUUGGUCCUAUGGAUAAGGUCGUUGUGAAGACAGACAUUCAGAUAGCAGUUCCGCAUGGCUGCUAUGGGAGAGUUGCACCAAGAUCUGGACUAGCAGCAAAACACUUCAUUGAUGUUGGCGCUGGAGUCGUAGACGAGGACUACAGAGGAAAUGUGGGUGUUGUGAUGUUCAACUUCGGCAAAGAGUCGUUUGAAGUAAAAAAGGGCGAUAGAGUUGCUCAGCUGGUGUGUGAGAAGAUCUGCUACCCAGAUCUGGUGGAGCAAGAGACACUGGAUGAAACCGACCGUGGUGCUGGAGGUUUUGGAUCAACUGGACGCAACUGAAAGCUUAAAAUGUGUUCAAAUAGUUUUAAAUAUGUUACAUAUGUAGCUCAUGUGCAAAUAAUAAAGUUCUGUUUUAUA